AUGGCCGGGAAUACCGGAGAUGAGGAGGUGUGCCAGGCGGUGCUGGGCUUCGUCGCUGAGGGCACGUACCCCGAGGAGAAGGUGGUUGCUGGCAAGUUCCCGGCAGCUGCCCUAGCCAGGGAGUUGGAGCUUAUCUCCAAAGCUCGUGAGCAGGUAGAGAACGAGAUCAGCUCCCUGAGUCGCGAGAACACCUUUGACGCCGACGACUGGAUCAUCCAAGCGAAACAACUUCACGCAGACAUUGAACAGUCUAGAUUAACUGCGCGCGAGAUUGUCGCCCAGCAUGAGCAUACCAAUCCCCUACAAGCUAAGGUUGAAGACGCAAAGGCGAAAGUCGCAUUGGUUGAGAAGGAGAUAGCCUUCAACGAGGCCGUCGCAGACACCCUGGGGGAGGUACAGCAACUGUGCCAGCAGCUGGAAAAUGGACGCGCUGCCCUCAGAAAUGGCCAGAUCACGAUUGCCAUUGAACAACUGGAGUCUACGGACGCGGCUGUUGGGAAGGAUGCUUUUUUUACCAAUACAAAUGUGAUAAGCAUAUUCUCCGGAGAGGUGGCACAGCUGCGAACUGAGAUUAUUGAAGCGCUUCAUAUGCGCUGGGUAGACCAACUGAAGGUCGAUCGACAGAAUCGCGAAUUCCAGGUCUCCAAGACGGACGCAACUGCUCUUGAGGACACUAUCGCAUCACUUGCCAGGAUGGAUAUCCUUAUAUCUGCCAACGAAAAGUUUCAAAAGGACUUUUCCUCUACAAUUCUCAACCCAAUUUUGCUGCCUCUCCCGGAUGGCACCAGCCAUGGCGUUGUGGUGACGGAUACCAGCAUCCGAAUUGAGCCCGAGGCCUCAAAGGCCACCAUUUCAGAGACUUUGGAUCGUCUUUCUCUUGUAUUAGAGCAUUUGCGACAGAACCUACCUUCAGUGGUAUCUGCAGCCCUCCCCGAGACUUUCAUUCCAAGCAUCGCUUCAAAGGUGAUCUCAGAGUGGCUAUCUUCUGCCAUCCCCACAGAUCUAGCUGGUCUUGCCGAUUUCGAGAAAUUAUUGAACAAUGUCCUGCAGUUCACUCAGACAAUCGAGUCUUGGGGUUGGACUGGCCAGGAAGAACUGUUCGCGUGGGUCAGUCAGGCUCCACGUUUAUGGUUGACUCGGCGUCGGGUCGACUCACUCGAUAGUGUUCGGAAGGUCCUCGCUGCUAGCCAGAGCACAACCAAACGGGUUGAACGUGUUGAGAAAGAGAAGGUUUCCCAGUCCGAUGAGGCACUCUUGGAAAAUGCUGUCAAUGAUGACUGGGACGCGGACUGGGAUGAUGAUAAAGAAAACACGUCUGUGAAAGGAGAUAAAUCAAACCCUCACGAAGAAGAGGAAGACGUUAGUGCGUGGGGUCUUGAUGACGACGAGACUCAAGAUGAGCCCAAUCCAGAUGCAGCUGUAUCAACAGAAGAUGAUGAGGCUGAUGAUGCCUGGGGCUGGGGUGAUGAGGAGGAAGAAGCCCAGAAAGCCGACACUGAGACUUCAAAGCCACAUAACACUGCUGCAACGAACCAAACAGACGUAAAGAAUACUACCGGGUCUCAGUCGCCUAAAGAGGUUACUCUGAAGGAAGUGUUUACCAUUACCGAUAUCCCAGAGUCGAUUCUCAGGGUGGUUCGGCAGCAAAUCACUGAUUCAAAGGAUAUCUCGCAGCCUACACAUGCUGAUUCCCGCGUUGCCUCUGCUGGGAAUGGUCUCUUGGCUCUUCCGACCCUCAUCCUGGCCAUGUUCAAAGCUACAUCAUCGACGUUCUACUCGAUGAAGCUUAGCUCAGGGCAGAUGUAUCUCUACAAUGACAGCUUGUAUCUCGCGGAUGAAAUCCGGAAGCUGGUUGAGGAGCACGAUCUCUCCAGGCUUCAACCAGAUGUUGAAGCAUUGGAGAAGUUCGGGAAGCUUGCUUAUAGCAAGGAGAUGCAAACCCAGCGAACUAUUGUUACCGAUUUGCUAGAUGGAGCUCAAGGAUUUGGACAAUGUUCCGAACAGCCAUUCCAGUCAGACUGCGAGAACUCUGUCAUGGUCACUGUUGACCGGAUCCGUGAUGUCUAUAAGGAAUGGCAACCCAUUCUGUCACACUCUGCUCUACUCCAGUCUAUUGGGUCACUAUUGUCUACAGUGAUAAACAAGGUUGUUAUCGAUGUCGAGGAUCUGGGAGAUAUCUCAGAAGAUCAGUCCCGGCAACUAGUCUCUUUCUGCAACCAAAUUUCAAAGCUUGAAGACUUGUUUAUGCCCGAGAAUGGUGAUGCCGAGGCUUUGCCUGUCACUGCAAUCUACGUCCCAAGCUGGCUUCGCUUCCAGUAUCUGGUCAACAUCCUGGAGAGUUCACUCGCCGAUAUCAAGUUCCUUUGGAUGGAAGGUGAGCUGGGCCUGGAAUUCUCCGCUGAGGAGCACCGAUUUGGACUCGAUUUCACCAUGAGUGAAGAUCAAAUCAUGUCAGGAGCCUCUGAGGCUGCGCAACGACAAGUUCGUGUGCAGCUCACCAGCCAGCAGGAGGAUAUUGCUCUGCCUGAGAGCACCGGCCCAAUUCUCGUUCCCACCGGUCUUCGCCGUUAUGCGCUGUCGACAUUGGUGAACAACCUUCUCUCGAGCGAGAAGCCAAUUCCAUUUGAGUUUUUGAUCAACGGAACUUUUCUGCGGACCUCGAUUGACGAAUAUUUGAUCGACAAUGGUAUUUCUGCUGAGACAACCCUCGAGAUUGAAUACGUCCGGGCUUUGAUCCCUCCUCUUCACAUCGCCUCUUUCCAGCAUGACGACUGGGUCAGCUCCACUGACGUCCUUUCCACCACUUCACCCGCUGCAUCAUGGGCAUCAGGCGCAACCGUCAAGAAGGGCCAAGAGAGACUCCUUUCCGGAAGUUAUGACGGUCUUCUCCGCAUCUGGAACAUGUCAUCUGAGACUAUUGCGACCUCCCCUGCUGCCACCGAGGGCGGCCAUACUGCCUCCAUCAAAGCCACCAAAUUCGUUUCCCCGAACCAGAUUGCUUCGGCGGGUCUUGACCGCACAGUCCGUUUGUGGAAGUAUACCGAGGACGAAGGUGGUUUCGCGGGAAAGAUUGCUCCCCAAUUGGAGCUGUACGGUCACAAGUCUGGAAUCGAGUCACUAUCGGUGCACGCGAAGUCCAACCGCCUUUUGACUGGUUCUUCAGACCACACCGUAGGAUUCUGGUCAACCAAGAAGGCUGACGCACCGGCCGCACCAGAGAGCUUGCUUCCUUCCAGCGCUCGCAACUCCAAGCGCCGCAAGCUGAACUCCUCUGUUAGCACUGCCCAGCGCGGACCUCUGUCCCUCUUGUCUGGACACACUGCACCCGUCUCUGCCGCCAUCUUUGACGCCAAGGAUGCCACUGUUGGUUACUCUGCCUCAUGGGACCACUCCCUGCGCACUUGGGAUUUGGUCACUGGCGGUCUUGUCGACACCCGCACCACAUCACACUCGCUUCUCUCCCUCGAGCACCUCCCCGAACUCAACCUCCUGGCUGCAGGCACUGCCGCCCGUCAUAUUACUCUGAUUGAUCCCCGUGCAUCUGCCACAACUGUUGCAGCUAUGACUCUCCGUGGCCACACCAACGCCGUUGUGAGCUUGGCUCGCGAUCCCCACAGCACAUAUGGACUGAUUAGUGGUAGCCACGAUGGCACAUGUCGUAUCUGGGAUAUCCGGUCUACCAAGACCGAUAAGGAAGGUGUUAUCGGUGAGAGCGUUUACUCCAUUACACGGAAGAGCCUCGAGGAGGAGGGCAAGGCCGACAGCAAGCGUGUUGGCGGUGAGGGUGUCAAGGUGUUCAGCGUGUGCUGGGACAAGACGAUUGGAAUUGUCAGCGCUGGUGAGGACAAGCGGAUUCAAAUCAACCGCGGAGAGGGUGUCUUGUCUUCCAAGGCAUGA